GAAGGCAGAUGUGCUCUCUGUCUUCCACACCUGUCUGCUUCUGUCACUCAGCCAUCAGACGGCAGGCGGAGGGAACCCCUGCCCUCGCCGGCAGCACCAGACGAGAUUAAAGGGAUGAGCAGACAGAGAAACUGAAAGUCAUGCUCAACAAAUCCUCCCACACAGUCUGCAGCAACAACAAAAAGCCCUCUGAGAGGGGCUGGAAGCUGCACGGUAUAACCUGCUGGCUACUGAGACCCACAAACCCCACCGGAGCAGCUUUGAGUUGAGUGCUUUGCACAAGGAUACCACAGUGGUGGUAAAGAUAGAGGGGCGAGCUCUGCUCUUAUGUUUCACCUACUUUAAUGCAUUCUGCUGACCUGGCGAGCUUCUGGUCACAUGGCACUUGUCUAAUGUUUAGGCCACUGCUAAACAUUAGUUUCAGUAGCGGGGGAGAAUUGAGGUUCAAAUCAGGACUCGAAACUCCGUAGUCCACGCUGGGUAGAUACAACUGAGUAUAUAUAUGUUUAUAUAUAAAGCAAACCUUGUGUCAUUUUGUAGCUCUUUAAAGUGAAGUUAAAUUUAGGUGUGAUGAAGGCUUGAAAAGAGGAGUAGUGUUUUCAAUGUGAAGAGAUGACUGCACCAAUCAGGGUGUGCUCAAAGACGGAGAGGGUGGGCAGGGGAUGAUGAUGUCAGUGUGUGACAGAUGAAACAUCAGACAGCCUCUCAGUUUGCACAAAAAACUCAAGAGGCUUCCUCUCGCUGGUCAUUGUUCAGCAGAUCCAUGGAACGAGCACAGCAGACCGGCGCCGCUCAGGGAAAGAACGCUGCUGUCAACGAGACCAGGAUACACUCUCUUCAGGUGCAUAGUUUUCCUCCUAAAUGAUUAAAGCAGCAGAGUAACCUCCUCCAAGAGAUGUACAGACUUUUAGCAGCAAUUUUAGAGCCAAAUGUAUCGCUGUAUAUGUAAACUAACAGUGCUCUACAUAGCCAGUGCAUGUAUGUUGUGUGGCGGGUAAUGCAUGUGACGCAUACUGUGAGUGUGUGACUUGGCAGCCCUGGCGGAGGCAGUGCAUGCUUUUGCAGUGGUGUAUCUGUGCUGCUGCUGUGCUCAUGGCCCAGAGGAGGGCUGCUGGCGGCUGCUGCUGCUGCUCCAGGGCACCCAUGAAUGAAGACAAUGCUCGUUUCUGCCUGCUGGCUGGGCUCAUCCUGCUCUACUUGUUGUGCGGGGCGGCCAUCUUCUCGGCCCUGGAGCACCCCUUUGAGCUGGCUGCCCGCCGCCUCUGGAAGCAGCAGCUGAACAACUUCACCCAGAGAUACAGGGUCAACCUUGGCGCCCUGCACACUCUGUUGCGGCAGUACGAGGAGGCAAACGGAGCUGGGAUCAGAGUGGAUACGCUGAGGCCCCGCUGGGACUUUUCUGGAGCUUUCUACUUUGUGGGCACAGUAGUCUCUACUAUUGGCUUUGGCAUGACCACACCGGCGACCAUAGCUGGAAAAAUAUUCUUAAUCUUCUAUGGUCUCAUCGGCUGUGCUGCCACCAUCCUCUUCUUUAACCUCUUCCUGGAGAGGAUCAUCACGAUGUUGGCUUACAUCAUGCGCUGGUGUCACGAACGUCGGCUAAGGUGCGCCGGAGUUGGGGUGGUGUCGAGCAGGGAGGAGACGUCCGGUGAGGAGGAUAGCCUGGAAGGCUGGAAACCAUCAGUCUAUUACGUGAUGCUGAUUCUCGGUGUGGCAUCGGUGGUGAUUGCGUGCAGCGCCUCCACCCUGUACAGCUCCAUGGAGAACUGGAGCUACGUGGACUCCCUCUACUUCUGUUUUGUGGCCUUCAGCACCAUCGGCUUUGGGGACCUGGUGAGCAGUCAGAGGCAGCAGUAUGAGUCUCAGGAGGCCUACCGGCUCGGGAACUGCCUUUUCAUCUUAAUGGGGGUAUGUUGCAUCUACUCACUCUUCAAUGUCAUUUCCAUUAUCAUCAAGCAAACUCUUACCUGGAUCGUGGGUAAGCUGGUGUGCUCGAGGCGGCAUCGGCCCUGCUCCUGCUCUAGACCUGGCUGUCGGUGGCUCUGCUGCCCCUGCCUCCAGAAAAAAAAUCACAACCGCCUGCGCCCGCCUGCACACCUCAGACGAAAGCGCUUAAAACGAAACACCGUGCAGCCCAUCUCAUCCCACUGCCCUGCAGGAAGACUCCGCUACAGGGACGGCUCGGUGGAGACAGUGUGUGACAGUGAGACGGAUGCAGGCGCAGUGGCUGAUGGGGUAUAUGUGGGCCGUCGUUUGUCGGGAGAGAUGAUCUCUGUCAAUGAGUUCAUGGUGUCCAACAAGGUGUCUCUGGCACUGCUGCAGAAGCAGCUGAGCGAAACAGCUCACCAGGGCCCACGGCAGAGCUACGGCCACCAAAAUGGAUUCUCUGGUGGUGUGGGGGCCUUGGCCAUUAUGAAUAACCGCCUACAGGAAACCAGUGUGGAUAGGUAGCACCACUGAGAUGUCAUUCUUGUGUACAUUGCUUUGGGUAUUCUAUACUGGAGCCCUAAUCCAACCUAUUUCCUCAUAGAGGGAUUUAGAGAAAGCCAGUCAUUUAUCCUCAUUCUCCUGUGUGGAGAAAGAGAGCAAAAAAGACAAAUACAAUUUUAAAGAAUUCAACAUCACUGUGAGGAGGGGUCUGAUGUCCUGAAGUGAUUGGCUCAUUCAAAAGCAAUCAGAUGAAAGAAGCAGCGAAGGACCACUUAAAGGGAACUGCUGAUUUAAGAGUGCUGCACAUGUCCCCUGAGCUCCUCAAUAAAUGUAGUUGUAUGUGAGGUAGUAUUAGUGAACAUACAGAAUAUAUCUACAUAGUCUCCUCUUAGAUAACUAGCCGCAAAUAUAAAACAUUUAAAAUGUUAUUUGUAUUGAAACAGAGCUUCUCAAACGCACUGCAGCAGCUCACGAGCACAGAGGAAGAGACAGUUUAAUUUGUUGAUUGCUCACAAGUCUGCCAUCUUGUUUCAUCAAUGCAUGUCAUUGAAAUUCAUAGUAAUCACGAAAGAGCGCUGAGAUCCAGGGUUUUCAAUAGAGCACAUCUAAUCAAAUGUGGCCCGCAGAGGACGUCCUUAUGUCAAUAAGUGCUGUACAGAUAGUCGCAGGCUCACAUCAACAUAGCGGAGAGCAAGAUUCAGGCUCUCCUCGGCCAGCUGGAGGAGAUCCUUUACUAUGCAAGAAACCCUAUUUUAAUCCAUUCUGUAUCAUCGUGCUUUGGAUGAUGAGUGUGAGGAGAAAAGCUUCAUCCUUAGACACAAAAUCAUCCAUUUUCCUCCAGUAGUCACGCUUAAGGAAUUGUCUUCACUGUAAUUUCAAAACAAUGAGAGAAAUAGUUCUUUAGUGAGUUAUUGUGAGAAAAAAUACUGCAAGUCGUCAAUUAAAUACUCUUUAUUUAGGUUUAAAACAAUCAUGACUCUUAAUAUAUAAUGUCUAUACACAGAAAAAUACUCACUGAAAUAAUAUAACAAUGCAUUAUAUGAUGUGGAUAAAAUGACCCUUCCUGAAACUGAUCUGUUCUGAUGCUGUUUGUUUUUAUCUUUACUAUAUAAAAGAUGAAUAAGGCAGCACAGUAUACAUCAUCAAACUUAUGGAAAAAACACAUUUCACAUACACUGUAUUGAAGAAAAAUGUUUAGAAAUAUGGUUAAUAUAUAGAAAGAAUUGCAAAAAGUAUGUAGGCAUAGAACUUAUUCAUGUAAAACAGAUUUUGAUCGGUCAAGAAAUAAAGAUUUUAGGGUAUUUGGGAUGCUUUUAGUUCAGAUUUUGGUAACAAUCAAAUCAUAACCGUAUAUAAUCUAUCAAACUAUUUUAACAAAUAACUCAUAACAUAACACAUAACCUCACUCCAGCCGAGUGGAUCUUAUUCUACAUGUUUAAAAUAAAC